AUGGCACGGACCUUGCUCGUGCUGGGUCUGCUUCUGGCUCCCCUUGUGGUGCUGGCGAUGGUCCCUGUGCCAGAUAACUGUCCAAACAUUUAUGGUGGUGAUGCUCUGGGCAAGCCCUUGGGCCAGUAUUCUGGGCUGCACACGCCCCAGCGCUAUGGAAUCUACUUUACACUUGCCACGCCCCGUUGGCUCUUUCUCAAUUUUGCCCUGACGAAUGAUGGCGAGGACAAGGUGUUGGCGGCCACACAUGAUGUGCUUCUUGUACAACGUGGCUCAGAAUAUCUGGCGCUCACGUACGCCUCUGGAGAUCUUUUGCUGGGUCAGGCCUCAUCGGUGAUUCUGCGCGAUGCCGUGAGUGCGCCUGGUAAUUGCUACCUCAGUGCCGAUGCUGACAACAAGCAGUACAUGGCUUAUUGUAGCAACAGCACGACCCAGCGCUUUGCCGUGACCUAUGCCACGCUUCCCGAGGAGGCACUGGCCACCGCUGCUGCUGGCCUGGCCAACGCAGACCUGGAAGGCACAUUGAGCACGCGCCUCGCCGCCAUGGCUCGCCCACCCAGGCUCAAUGACACAGGCCUGGACCGUCUCAGCCGCAAAGCAUACUCCGUGAUGCGAGCCAAUACCUUAAGCCCCGAGGGCCGACUUACCACGGCCUGGAGCACGCCCGAUCGCCAACCUCACCGUGCCAUGUGGCUCUGGGAUUCGUGUUUUCACACCUUUGGACGCUCACUGAUUGAUCCCGACCUGGCCUGGGAUUUCAUGCAGGCCCUGCUCGAGGUCCAGACCUCGGAUGGCCGCUUGCCCAUCCAGUACAACCCAUGGGAUGAUCAAACCCUCACCCUAACGCAACCGCCCCUCGCUGCCUGGGCUAUUUGGGACAACUAUCAACGUACAAACAACCUGGAUCGGUUGCGCUAUGCCGCCCCAAAGCUGGCCGCUUAUCUCAGCUAUGACCUGACUGAACGGGAUAUCAACGCAAAUCACUUGCUAGAAUGGUCGAGCCCUUUUGAGUCGGGCCUCGACCAGUCACCCGUCUUCGACUCGGGCGUCCAAAUGGACUCGCCCGACUUCUCCGUCUUUGCAGCCAUUGAUUGCUAUCACCUUGGUCUGAUCUACCGUGAGCUCAACGACACGUCCAAUGCAGACUUGUGGAGCCAACAAGCAACGCUCAUGAUCGAGCAGAUUCACACUCUGCUCUGGGACAACGUCACACAAAUGUACCACUACCGCAAUUUCUCUGGGUUUUACAUGCCCUACACCAUUCCCACUGGGCUUCUACCCCUCAUGCUGCCCAACAUGCCCGUGGACCGCGUGAAGACGCUCAUUGGCUAUCUGCAAGACCCUGCUGUCUUUGGUACCCAUGCCCCCAUUCCGACCAUUGCACGCGGCUCCAGUGACUACAGCACCAACAUGUGGCGCGGCCCCAGCUGGAUCAACAUCAAUUGGUUUGUGUACCUAGGCCUGCAGCGCUAUGCCAAGGUGGUACCCGAGGCACAACAGGUCGCAGACACACUGCUGUCCAAGACCGUCAACAUGACACGGGACUGGUACGCCUCUACAGGCGCUCUGUUUGAGUUUUAUGAUGCCGACAAUCGGGUCCCCCCCACCCUCCUGGAGCGCAAAGGCAAUGCGGACAGUGGCGGGGUACGCGAUUAUCACUGGACGGCAGCCUUGAUCUACCGCAUGCUACACGAUCCCAGCACCUCGCUACCUCAGGCCUAG